AUGUCGUCGACACGCCCUAUCGUUUUUAUGGAUCGACAUCGUCCCAAAAACCGCAGAGAACUUCAGACAACUCUGCACAGGAGAGUACAGAGUGAAUUCGCGGCCGCAGGGGUACAAAAAUGCGACGUUCCAUCGCUUUUGAACAGAGUUGUUCCUAAUUUCAUGUGUCAAGGUGGUGACUUCAUCAAGGGAGAUGGAACUGGGUCCUUUUCGAUUUACGGGGACAAGUUUCCUGAUGAGAAUUUCCAAGAGAAACACACAGGGCCUGGACUCCUAUCAAUGGCAAAUUCAGGAGCAAACACAAAUGGUUGUCAGUUCUUCGUCACGACGGCCAAGUGUGACUUCCUGGAUGGAAAGCAUGUCGUCUUUGGUAAAGUCAUAGAUGGAAUGCUCACUCUGCGCAAAAUUGAGAAUGUCCCCACUGGCCCAAACAACAGACCAAAGCUAGCGGUGAAGAUUGUUGAAUGUGGCGAAAUGUGA